AUGGUGAACAUCGACCUAAACCGCGUUCUGGUCUUGGUGGUAGAUGCUGUCGACCUCGACCCGACAUUGGACUUUGCGGCGGGUACUAUAGCGGGAAUGGCUGCCUUAGUUGUUGGCUAUCCCUUUGACACUGGUGACGUACCUCAGCAUCGACAUAUCGUGAAAGUACGCUUUCAGAGUCCAGCAACACAAGCCAGAUACCGCUCGACGUCCCAUGCCAUAACCACUAUCGUGCGCGAGGAACGCUUCCUGGGUCUCUACAAAGGUAUCUAUUCACCUCUGGCUUCCUGCGCGCUCCUGAACGGCAUCGUAUUCGCGUCAUACCGAUUCUUUCUCCGGCUUCAACUGCAUCAUGCAGGGCAGGUCCCGACGCUCACCCAGAUAGGGCUGGCUGGUGCAGGAUGUGGUGUUGUAUCUGCGUACGUGGCUCUCUCUUCUGUUGCGCGGACCGCCGAGGUGACAUUAAAAUUCAUUACCGCCCCCAUCGAACUCAUCAAGAUUCACCAGCAACAGUCACUCGAACCGAUCCAUAUCCGAGGGUCUACGUCCUCGACUACACCUACGGCUCGAGCUCUGGCUGCCCAAAUAUUCAAAGAGCGCGGAAUAGCGGGCCUGUACCGCGGUAUCACCGCGACUGUCCUACGUGACACAGGGUAUGGAGCAUACUUCCUCGGUUACGAAGCGACAAUCCGCUUCCUCUCACCACCGCUAUCUUCCCCUGCGCACAUGGCUAAUCAAGACCCACUUCUCGCAGAAAUGUCCACAACGCUUUCGUUAUCAUGGGCACCGCUCUUAAUCGCAGGUGGGGUCGCGGGAAUUUUAGGUUGGGUCUGCACUUUCCCUUUCGACAUCGUCAAAACUCGCAUUCAGGGAUCCUUCGAUGGCUCGAUACCCGGUACCCAUCCCCACCCACAUCAGAGUCUAUCAACGUCCCCCUCGCCCACGCCACGACCCACGUCCUCUCCAUCCCCAGUCCGUGCUCCAGCAUCUACAUCACCGCUUCUUCCAAACCCCUCUUCAACACCAAGUGGUGGUGGUGGCGGGAGCGUCAGCACCGACCUUUACCCCUACAGAACGACCUGGUCCACAAUCGUCCACUCGUACCGCACCGAAGGUGUCCGAGUCUUCUUUCGCGGACUCGCACCGACGCUCAUACGCGCUAUACCUGUCAACAUGGUCACAUUCGGGACGUUCGAGGCUAUCGUGCAUGCGUUUUCAUGA